UGAGGACCUUGCCCGCUUCGACAUCGACAUCCCGCCGGCAUCUUGUCAAUCUGAAUUUUUCACUUCGUGUUUGAGCUGCGUUAGUUUUUUUUUCGUGCGUGAAAAGUGCCCAAAAACCGAACGGAACGUCCGCAAAAGUGCUCGCGAUGGAGUCGUGCUGUCGCGCGUGUUCCCGUAGUGAUGAUUUCCGGCGGUUCUCGCUGUACGCGGUGGCAGAAGUGAGCCAGGAAGUGAUCGCCAACAUGAUUCGAGACACCAGCGACACUCAGGUUUCAACCGAAGACGGCUUGCCACAACAAAUCUGCCCGGACUGUUUGAUGACGCUCAGUCUGGCAUAUUCUUUCCGCAAGCAGUGCCGCCGGUCGGAUGCCAAAUUCCGUGAAUAUUGGGGAGGCCGAACACCGUCUCAGUCGGUGGAUCAGCAACAGCACCAGCAACAGCAACAACCACAUCAGCAAAGCCAGCAGCACCAGCUACCACGGCGCUCACAAUCCCAUGUUCCGGAUGAAGGUUCCUUCGAGGCAGUGGCCACAACCAUCAAAGAGGAAGUAGACAUCUACGACUACGAGUACAGUGUUCCUUCGGGGGGUCACGACAACCAGUGGGUGAUCCAGAAUCCCAGAACCAUCGGUGAGGGAGCGAUGACAGUGGUGCACAACACCGGUGGCCAGUACUACGAUGAAACAGCUUCAGCAGCAGGAAUAGCAGCUGGGGAGACGAUCGGUGGAUCAGCUGACCGUGAUGGGCACAGCAUGAUCCACCCAAUGGAUGACCCGUCGGAGAUGGGUGAAAGCUCGGGUCUUGGACAGAGGAACGACGACAAGUUGAAGAAGAACGUGCCCAACGCCGAGCGCUACAGCCAACGCAUCCGACGCCAGGAAAUCUCCUCCAGCCUACCCGAGAAAGCCCCCCGAAGUUCCGAAACCGCCGACUGGGGUCGGUUCUCGGUCAGUGUAAUCCCCGAAGCAUCGCUGCUGGCCUCCACUAGCACACCGACCAACCUGGCCCAGCAGCAGCGUUGCCAGCACUGCAUGAAAAAGAUGAAGAAACCCUACAAACAUCGGAACGGCAAGUGUCUGGAACCAAAGUAUCGAGCCUCGAAUCGACCAAAGUGCGCCUAUUGCCAUCAAACGUUUUCCAGCAGCAAAGGCAUCCCGAGCCAUCUGCGCAACAGCUGCCGUGUCUAUCGGCAGGUCUGCGAAGCGAAGGGAAUCAGCUUACCGCCUGCAGACCAUUCUUCCUCUCCGUACGAUACUUCUUCCGCCCCCAGCGAAACUCCGGAACCACCCGCGAGUUCAAACCCGAAACCCCUCCCAGUGCUUAAACCAACAAACUCCGAACAAAAACUGAAACGGCCAAGAACCGGCAACUGGACUCAUACCAUUGUGUGUCAGUAUUGUAACAAAAAAUUCCUAAAGAAAUCCGCCCUCAACAGGCACGUGCAAAGGCAGUGUCUGGUGUGGGUCCGUAAGCAAACGGACAACCUUGCCAGCGUAAACUCAACCAAGGAAGUUACCACGGGGGUGCCGGUGCCGCUGCCAGCGCCAUCCUCGUCGUCCGUCCCGGACGAUAAAAGUGCCAUCGUUAAGAAGGGUCAGCAACAGCAGCAGCAGCAACAGAAGCAUGAGCAGGCGGAGGAGCAACGGCCGCCUCCGGCCGUGGUGGUGGAAGAGCUUACCAAGUGCGUCUACUGCCAGCAGAGUGUGGGCAAGAAAACGCGCUUCCAGCAUCACAACGGACGGUGCGUGCUGGGUCGGGUAAACGCCGAGCAUCCGUGUCCGCACUGUCCGGAAGCAUUCAUGACCCGGAAUCUGCUGCUGAAACAUCGGUGCGAUCCGGCGCAAAAGUUUGAAAAUCCCCAGACCCAACUCGCCAGUACAGACGGAACGGCCAAACCCAACGCUCUCCCGCCGGACCGCAAGCAGCGACGGCUAGCGAAACUAACUCCGAAGCAGCUGGCACUGGUGAAGGCCAAAUCUCCCGUCAAACAGGUCACACCCCGAAAGCAGAGCCAGAUCAUUCCGCUCGAAACUCCAACGAGCAUCGUGAAGCGGGAGUUCUGUUCGCACUGUCGGCAACGGAUCAAGGACUCGGACCGGCAGAGGCACGAAGAAAAACGGUGCUUCAACAAGAACGAGGUGACCUACAACUGUGGCUAUUGCCGGAAAGGUUUCGCUGCGCGGGAUUCCCUGAUCGAGCAUCAGCGGGUGUGCACCGUCCGGAAGCAGCACAAACAGGUCAAGUGCACAUUCUGUGGACAGAUGAUUUCCAAUCGGGGCAACUUGAAGAAGCAUCAGAAGGUCUACUGCAAAUCGAUCAAGCGGGCCGACGGCGAAGAAAUUUCGGAGAAACCGGAGAAAUUAGAAAAACCGGAUAAACCGAAGAAAGUAGAGAAACUGGGGAAACCGGAUAAACCGGUCAAAUCCCCGAAAUCGUACAAGCCCCGUAAGCUGGCCAAACCUAUCAAGUCUGAAAAACCUCUCAAACUGAAAAAAGUCAAAUCCGAAGAACCAGUUAAGAUAAAACCGAAGAUCAAGAAAGAUAAGUCCAACCAUUCGAAGUCUCCGGACGACGAGAUGGAAAACAUUCCGCUGAAGCAGCGCAAACUUCACAAACCCAAGCCUACGACGACGGCCCAGGUGAGUGCGGCCGAGGUUGAAACCACCAAAAAAGUAGCGAAAAAGAAACCCAUGGGUGACAAGAAACUUCGUUUCUCCUGCGAGUACUGCAAGAGGCGGUUCGAAACGGACAGCAAGUUGCGGAAACACGGCCAUACGUGCACCGUGAAACGGGCAAACCUUACGCUUGUGUGCCCUCACUGCGCUACGCCGUUCUCCAAGAAGGGAAAUCUCGAGCGGCAUCUGCGGUUGAAAUGCAAAAGCAUCGAUCGGGAUAAGGAUAAGAGCGUACUCAACAGUACCAUCAGUGAACUGCUUCGAUCCGAAGCCACCGACACUCCGAAUUCUACACUCGAGCAUGACGAAGCCGAGGGAGAGGAGAGCCAAGAACCAGUGACGGCACUUCGGGCAACAGAGGCAGAACCGUCAGAUAGUCCAAGGCAACCUUCCUCAACGACAACCCAAAGUGAACCCGAACGAAGCUCUCCCGUACCGGUCAAAGCUGCCGAAGUCAGCAGAAUGGAAGAGCGGCCAGAAGAAGAUGACGAAAGUCCUGAACAUACGCCACCGAGCUCUCCCGCACCGGUAAAGGCUGCGGAAGUCAGCAGAACAGAAGAGCUGCCAAUGGAAGCUGUCGAAAGUCCCGAACAUUCGUCACCGGUUCCGGAAGUCAGCAGAGCGGACACGCAGCCAAUGCAACCGGUUGAAAGUCCUGCACAUCCGUCGCCAACUCCAUCGGAGCACGAAGAAGACUCCGACGACGACGUUCCGGAUCCGGUUGAGGAAGAGCUAGUCCCACCGGAAGAUCAUACAACCGAAGACGAGAUGAUGGAUGAAAUCGAGGAAGAAGUGGAAGUUGCCACAGUUGAUCCGAACGACAUGGUGGAUCACGAAGACCACUACGAAGAGGAGGAUCAUGUUGUAGGAUCGACCGAAUCGCCUUCGGGUGAUCAUUCCGAACCGGAUAACAACAACGCUGAGCGGGAAAAGGCUCCAAGUCCUGAAGUGCGGUUGCCUCAAAGCACGGACUCCGAACCACCGACGACCACCAUCGAGAGGCAUGAGACUUCGGAACGAACGAUACAGGAACGCUCGGAACCCGAUCCUGCGGAUCCAAUGCAAGUGGAUGACGAUCACUCGGCAGCAAACUGAUUUGCGUGAUGACGAUCGAAAUGAGUUAGAAUGGUUUUACGAAAGUUGACUGCAUUUGUAAGUAUGUUUUUUUGGUAAUUGUACAGAAUGCUGCUCGUUCGGAGGGUGGCAUGAUUUCGUCAUGAUUGUGGAUGUAGACUAUACAAAGCGUACCCGCUCCGAUUCCGGGGCGUGAUUCGGAAGCAUACCAAGUAUUGAACCAAUUGUUAAACAAACACGGUUUAAUUGUCGUUUAGUCGUAAAACAGGGUGGUACCUAAUAAUAGAGCGAAUAAAAAGAUCGAUAUCGGAUGAAGUAGUCCAAUAUCGGCAAUCUAGUGUCAGUA